AUGGUACGUGCACGUCGAAGCAUCUGGGACAACAAUGACUACAAUGAAUAUAAGCUCCAAAACAGCUACAUUCAAUCAAGCGAUGAAUCCGUUACAUCUGGAUCACUGACAGCUUCCACUGCAUCCUUGUUAGGUCCACAACAAUACAAUUCAUUAUCACUAGCGAACAGUAACAAGCCCAGUACUUUAACGGAACCACCGCCACCGCAAUACUCAUACGCACUGCAAAAGCAAAAUUACAAAAAAAUAUUACUACCCGGUGCAGCGAAACGGCUUAAUCAUGCAACUGCAGCUGUGAUACAAGUGACACCAUAUGAGAAAACAUCUGAUGAUAGGAACAGUGGCGGCAUCAAUGAUGGUAUGCUAAAGACAAUCGGCUCACGCAUACAGCACAGCAUACGACGCAUACGUCGACCACGUCAAUGGCAGCAACCGACAAAAUCAACGGAAUCACAUGAUGCAAACGCUUUAACCGCUGUUUCCACAACAAGCUUCUAUGAAAAAGGCAAAGCGUUCAUUAUUGAAUUUUUGCAUGAUUCAUCCAUACAUGGCUUCAUUUAUUUGGCAAAAAUUGGAUUAAAUUUCAUUGAAAGGAUGCUGUGGUUUGCCUUUAUAUGUGUUGCACUAUUCAGUAUCAUGUCACUGAGCAAACGUACUUGGGAGCGCUUUCAAACCUCCCCAAUGGUCAUAUCAAUGGAUCGGAAUAAAUUGGUUUGGAAUACCAGUUUUCCAUCACUUACAGUUUGUCCACAUAAGCGUAUCGAUGAACUUAAAGUGGAAGAAUACAUAGAAUUGCAUCCUGAAAGUUUUGAAACCGAGGAGGACAAGGACGAUUUCCGCAUUUUUAUUGAAAAACUUGCAAGUCUCUCUUAUGAUAAUAUUGAAACUUUACCAUUAAACAAGACAUUCGGUAUUGCUAGUGAAAAAUAUUUGGAAUUAUUGUACGAACUAAAAUGGAGUUUUGAACCGGAAUUGAGUAGCGGCGCCGCAGUUAAAAUGUUUAUCUACGAAACAUUAACGGAGUUUGGUAUAUGUCAUUCAGUUAAUUCUCUAGUAGCGCGUUACAAUUCAUUUGAAUAUUGGAAAAAAAAUAUGUGGAAUUUACUUGCCCACGGUGAUCGCGUUACUGUACAUCCUUUAGAUGGCGAAAUCUAUGCACAAAUUAUAAACCUCUCAACGGCAUAUGAUGUUUACUUUCAUUCGGCAGGUGAUAUACCAAAUAUAUCUAAGCAACGCUACACAUUUCCAGAAAGUGAUUAUACCACAGUUGAGUUAAUAGCAUUAGAAAUUUACACUGCAGAAGAGGCUCGUGCAUUUACAACAAAACAACGUAAAUGUCGUUAUCAAUACGAAGCUGAAGACAUGUUAUCGGCCCCCAUCUAUAGUUUUGGACUCUGUUUAGCUGAAUGCCGAAUGUUUUUUUCAAUGAAAGUUUGUGGUUGUGUACCACAUUUUUACCGCAAUCGGUUAAGAAACGGACGAAUAUUGCCAGUAUGCGGUCUGAAAGGUAUAGCGUGCUUGUCUGACAUUAAAAGUGAUAUAAUUUCAUUAAAAUCGGAAAGAUAUAAAAUCGAUUGUAGAUGCCUUUCGAAUUGCGAUGAUUCCAAUUUUUUCGUACAGUCGUAUCGAUCUAGAGUUUGGUUUCUAGGCGCUAACCUCCAAUGGGGCAUUAUAGAUUAUCCUAAAAUGCAGCUGCGCCGCGAUGUACUCUUCUCAUUUGCAGAUGUACUAGUUUACAUUGGUGGCUUAGUUGGAUUCUUUCUUGGCUGUAGCGCUUUAAGCUUUACGGAAAUCAUAUAUUAUUUCACGGCUCGUUUAAUCAAGCGAAUGUUUUUUAAUUAAAAGUUUUGAAAUCUUCAGUCUCACGAAAAUAUUCCACACACUUCUAGGAUUAUUCAUACUUGAUAGAUGUAUGUUUAUGUUUAUGUUAUUAUGUUUAAAACCACAUACUUUUUGAAUGUUAAAAAUGAAAUAAAAACAACAUUAAAUCAAUUUAAUGCUCUUAAAUAUUGGCCAGCAAUCAAAACAAGAAUUAAUUGAAUCAACUCGAAAAAUUGGUUUUAUAUGCCGGAUAUGUCGCCAGUGUUUUGGUUCGUUGAAACUGCAAACACAAAUAUUCAUGGAGCACUCGUAUAUCGGAUGAAAUGAUUGGAAUCAAUAAGGAGCUGUUCUCCCCAAAACAAAACUGAUGACCGUGCGUGUGUUGUUAAUGUAUUGUAACAAUGGCGUCAAUAAAAUUAUUGCCAAUAACACAAAAACCCAAAAAUAUUUGGGGUUUUAUUUCAUUUUAUUUGGCGACAAAUU